AUGGAUCUAAUGAGUCUGACUGCUUGGGACCUUUCCAACAAGUGUCUUGAAGCCUUUCAAACAUGCUUGACUUUUCGCUCUCCCGGGCCUGAUUUGUCCAAUCAGCAAGCGUCUCAUAAUGAGCGAUUUGAGUAUCGCUUAGCAGACUUUAAUCUCUGGAUCGACGGUAUCGGCGCCCUGGCUCCUUCAAAAGCUUCAUUAGAUGCGAGGUUGAGCGAGCGACCGAUUGACCUUUCAUUGGUCAAAGGAAACCUGGUCAUGCUGUUUCAGUCGUUGGAGGACUGUUUGAAUCUUCUCAAUCACAAUGGAGAGCUCGAAGACACCUUACUUGACAUUGACUCGGCGCUGGAAAGUCUCGUCACUCUGUCCCUAGCUAUUCGUAGGACAGGACGUCGGUCGCGGCUUCACAAAGCAGAUCGCCUUUUCAAACCGGAAGAACAUGCUGAGCUGAGGAAACACUUGGAAGCCAUUAUUGUUCUACGUCCUGGGUCGGGUCCGUGCUUUAACGAUGAUGAGUUUCGAACCGAGAUCGAGUCGCUGACACCACUGCAACAUCAUCUUAUCACGGCCAACUUGAAGCGGAGAAAUCGUUUCAUACAGGCUCAGCUACACUCUUUGGGUCUGAAGAAAAGAACUGUUGCCUUCGAGUUACCGACCCCUGAAGCUGUGGAAAAAGGUCCUAACCCAGUCCGCAUUUCGACGAGUGAAGUAGGAGAGGUUGCCGUCCCCAUUAUCUCCGAUACUGACGCCCAACCUCACAAACCGCCGCCAGCACCAAUGUCAGUCACCUCAGCUUCGAUCCCCGAAAGUAAGCUCGAAUAUAGAGAACCAACUUCCAAGAAAAUGGAAUCCACACCAAUGACCGUCAUUACUCAGAUCACUGCUUCUGCUCGAUACCCGCGCCCACGAGUGUACGAUAAUGAGCAAAGGGUUGUUCAGUGUCCAUGCUGUUGUCAGACCUUGCCUGUAGCAGAGGCUAAAAACAACAACCGAUGGAGAAAGCACCUAGCAGAGGAUAUACGCCCAUAUACCUGCAUAUUUGAGAGCUGUCCUACACCAGACGUGUACUACAGCAGUAGAUCGAUGUUGGAGCAGCAUUUUCGACAAGACCAUCCGCCUGUUUGGAUAUGUCCUUUGUGUGAUGAAGGGUCAGUCUAUUCUACCAUGAGUGAAAUGAUGGACCAUCUUCAUAAAGCCCACCCAGAAAAUGGGGAGGACAUCUCAUCCAUUAUUUCAUCGUCCGCACAGACUAGGAUGGGCAUAAAGAGCUGUCCCCUCUGUGAAGUCAACGGCGAAGCCGACUCUCCAGAGCUCAUAGACCACGUUCUGGAGCACGUACACGACUUCUCGCUCCGGUCUCUUCCGUGGCCUAAAUCCUCAGAAGUUGAUAUCGGCGGUGAAGUCGGGUCUUUCAACUGGGAAAGUGGCGAAGCUGCUCCUAUCACUCAAUGGCUGGAAGUCUAUGAACAUGAAGCGGAAGACAUCGAUCCUACAUUGAAGCUAUCAACCUGCGACUAUGGCAGAUUGGCACUCAUAACCGAACAGAUGGAGUCUGUGAGACACGAUAAGCUUGGCCUUGAUAUCUGCUUUGCUGACGAGCAUGGCGACGAUUCUGAUGAAGCCGAGACUGAUGUUUCACAGCUUACCCAAGACACUCUUGAAUCCAUGGAACAGGCCCGUGAUGUGGUCUUUUGCCAUCAAUGCUCUGCUACAUGGUAUAGAGAUGUAGAUGGAAUGCAGUGUCCCAAAUGUCAUAGCGCGUUCGUUGAGAUUGUUGAUCCCGAAAGUGGUUCAGAGGGUUCAGAUCUUCCCGGGACUGUUAUGAGGCCAGGCUUCACUACGAUAGCUAGUCAUGAUCGAUACGGUGAAGAAAGCGGGCAUUCAAGCGAUGCCACCGCCUCUAAACCAAGCACUCAGGAGUCUACCUCCGGUUUUCGAAGAUUCACUGACCGCCUCUUCUCCGCCAAUAAUUUUCAAUCCCGGUCUGGCCAGGACACCCCCGAGGACUGGCUCCAAUCUCUAGGGCUCAAGCGGAGAGCUGUAUCAAACCUGGAGGCUUGGAAGAUUCUGUCCAAUGUUUACGACAGGCGGCUAGACUCUCCCACCAAAACAAUGACUAUGUUUGCGAAUUUCAUUAGAGAUGUCCAAGAUGAGGAUUUUGUGUCAAUCCAUCCACCUGUAUCUGAUUUGUUUAGCUUUUUACAAGUUAUGGUCGGGUUUUACUUGAAUCCAGUCAAACCAUUGCCUCUAAAGGACCUUUCAAAACCUAUAUCAAACUAUUUUAUCAACAGCAGCCAUGAGACUGCCACCAAUAUAUCCACUGGACCUCGGAGUACUUAUGAUGUGAUCGGACAAGUCCUUGAUUACGGAUAUCGAUCCAUUGACAUAGAUGUCUGGAAUGGUGAUACUACCACUCAUGAUCGAGAUAUUCAAGUAAAUGAGCGGCAUGAAUCCAAACCCACUGGGACACUCGAGGCAAUCAACCGACUUAUUGAACGAAUCAGAGCGACUAAUGCAAGGCCUGUGGAUCCGAACACCGCGGUCUCUGAAUCAAACCGCUUGAGUUCCCCUGCAGAACCAAUCGUCACCGAUGGUUACUCCCCUGGUACACCAUGUGGUUUCAGGGAAGCUUGCCAAUUGAUCAGAAGCACUGCUUUUAUCAGUAAUAAGCUACCUGUGAUCAUUAAUAUUAUGGUCCACGCAAACCCUGGCCAGCAAGAUAUGAUGGUUAAAAUCAUGAGGGAGGAGUGGGGCGAGAUGCUGGUAGAUGAGCCACUCGAGGGAUGCGAUCCACGAUUUCGGCUACCAAAAUUGGAGGACCUUCAAAAUCGGAUACUUGUCAGAAUCUCAACAAUUACAAGUCAUGUUAAAUAUGGAGACGCUUCGCAGCUUGACGAAGAUUACGACGACCCGAGGCGAAUCUCCAUUAUACAGCCAUUAGCCAAGCUUGGGGUUUAUUUGCGACAAGAACGAUUUGAAGGUUUCAACACCCCUCUUGCAAAGUCACCUAAUCACAUCUUCUCGCUACGCGAGGACAAGGUCCAAGGCCUUAUUUUCGCAUCACCCACCGAACUUUUUCAACACAACCAACACUACUUUCUUCGUGUCUAUCCGAGCGCGUCGAGACGAGCCUCUUCAAACCUUGAUCCCUUGCGAUUUUGGAGACACGGCGUUCAGAUGGCUUCCAUCGACAUGCAACGCGUGGACGAAGGCAUGAUGUUGAAUGAAGGAAUGUUUGCCGACGAAUUAGGGUGGGUUUUGAAGCCCGACGGGUUCCAAAGUUCAGGCAAGAAUAGCUCAACCGAUCUCGGAGCAACCCCAAGAAAAGAGCUUGAACUGUCCAUUUUCAUUUUCCAGGGCCAGAAGCUUACGACCAGCACCGGCCGAGAAAUCCAGGACCUUUCGUCAUUUCUCAGGGCUUCACUCUACAUUGAUGAUGAGGAAAAUGCCUGGGAACCAGGAGAUGGCCUCCCAAUAUCUAGAGAAGAGGGCUCUGGUGCUUUGGGCUACGAGAUUAAUUUUCGUGUGACCAGGGCAAAUGGCAGUAUUAUUCCAAAGCUCAGCAUCCUUAGGUUCACGUUUGCGGAUCGCUCGUCAGAUAUUGGCUUAUUCGCGUGGGCUAGUCUCAGGCUGGAUCGUUUAAACCAAGGUUAUCGGCUGGUGCAACUUCAUGAAGGCAAAGGGGUGUUAUUAAUGCAGCAAAGCAUACUAUUAAAGUUUAAGAUUCAUUGGCAGUGA